AUGCUCGGGAUUAGAGGGAUACGGAAAGUGCAGGUGGCAAGCCGGCGACUGCUGAGCACUAAGUUACAAGCAGAACCAUUCGAUGCCGCGCCACUCGCAGGCUCCAGUCCAGCGCACCGAGGACAUGUAAUCGUGCACACUCAAAUACCGCCGAGAGAAUGGCCCAGUAAGGUGAAUGGGCUCAGCGAGAAAUACGAUGAUCUGGUGAUUAAAAAGGAGUUGAGCGAUGCAGGUGUACUCGUCGGUCUCGCAUUCAAUCCGAGUGCAUCAGAUAAGAAUGAUUGUCAAGUAUAUCCAGCAAUGGAGGCUGUAGAUGGGCAUUCUACCGCACAAAUACUCAGCAGCAUCAAUCAAUCUAGUCAGAACGACUGUGUGCACAUCUAUGUUUGCACACACGGAAACCGCGAUUGCAGGUGUGCAGAAGCCGGAGAGCCCACAGUCCACAGCCUGCGAACGGAGAUCAAUGCACGUGGUUUGGAAGACCGAGUGAAAUUGUAUGAGAUAUCCCACAUUGGCGGUCACAAGUGGGCAGCAAAUGCUAUCGUGUUCCCACAAGGAGACUGGUACGGCAAUCUUCGUCCAUGGGAUAGCAGUAAAUUCCUCACGAAUAUCCUUGCCGGUGCAAUUCAUUGGCCUCACUGGCGCGGUCGACUUGGUUACGAUCCCGCUAAAGCGGUUGACGCGGCUAACGCGCGCAGUCUCGAUCUGGAGAGCAGCUGUGGGGAGACCAAAGAUGCAAUGGACGCUUUAAACGCUAAUGAAUCCGAUAUCGUCCCUUUACGUUUCAGAGAGUCUGACGGUGCAGUGCACUAUGUUGAUGCUCUGCUAGGUGAGUCCCUUAUGAACGUCGGGCGUAGAGAAGGUUUGGGAAACGUAGAGGGCGUAUGCGAUGGUAAACUCGAAUGCGCUACUUGUCAUAUGUACUUCCCUUCAAGCGAUAGCGCUGAAGCUGCUUCAUUCCUGCCAGAUGUAAGGGAUGAGGAAGAUGACAUGCUCCAGUAUGCUGUCGGCUAUGAUGACCAAAAAUCUAGACUGGGUUGUCAGAUAAAAGUCACGCCGGAGCUCUCCCAUUGGUGUGCCAAAGGAGGUACAAUAGAUUUGCCGAAAUAUUAG